AAUCGAUCGCCAUCGAUCCACGACCGUGUUGCUGCCGUCGUUGAGCUGCCGCACUCCGCCGUCGACGACUACCGGUUGAUCUGUUUGCUCAGCCAGUUCACUUCCGGAGCAGCGCCCGGAUUGCGGCGCGUCGGCGGAGGUCACGCUCUCCGCGAUCUACACUCGAUCGCAGCUGAUCUACCGCUCCGCUACCGUAGAUGACAUUCGCUGAAUCCAUGGACGGCCGCCGACGAUCCCCAGCGAUGAACGGCUUCCGACAGACGACAUCGGUUCCGUUCCGUAGUCCGCUUGGUCCAAAGAACAACCUGGACUAUUGGCAAAAGGCCAAAGAUCAGCAGGGCGUGACCUACUACUGGAACCCAUCCUCGAAUCCCUAUUACGGUAUGGACAGUAUCUACGCGCAACAAAAGCCGCGAUCGCAACGACCGUCGCCGUUUCCACUGUCGAUUCCUCCGCAGCCAGCUCAGAUCAAGCCGCGCACACCGACGCUUUCGUCUACUAUUCCUGUCUAUCACAAUGUGCCAACGACCGCCAUUCCGAAAGAGGAAAAUCGACCAUCAUCUGCUUACGCCAAUGGAAAUUCCAAGCAAGCUGCGCAGACGAAGAGCUCGAACCAGCGGACUGAGAUCACAGCACCGAAGCGGGCCGAGCCGCUUAUUUGGUCCGUUCAGACUGAAGCACUGAGGGAGCUGAGAAGCACACCGCCCAAGAAUUUUCCCUCGGCUAUUCCAGUCUCUGGCGAGAAACGGCCAGCCCGGCAAAAACCGCGAUGGGGCAGAUUUGUGCAGAGUCUAUGUUGCUGUGUUGCUCCGCAGGCGGAGAUCGGCAGCGCCAAGCUUCGCAAACUUGUGAUGCAAAAAGCGCGCAUCCUAUAUAAACGUCUUUCUUUCCCACCCACAGCUUUUGAAGAGAAAGCGGCUAUCCCUCGCAAUCCCUCGCUGUUGAUCACUCAGGUGCAGAAGAAUGGGGCUACAAACGGCACCAUCAUUCCGGAAGCUACCACUAAUGAUUUCUUAUCAUCACCUUCCGCAGCCCCACAAACGAUUCUUCCUGAUGCGCAACGUUCAUCUCUGUCAUUGAUAUCUCAAAUGAUGGUAAUUUUUGCACUUUUAUUUGCUAGCGAAAAUCUACAAAAAUCUUUUAAACAAGUCAUCGGAUGUAAGACAUGCAAUUGCUUUUCGUAUUCGGAAACUAUUCUCAAACCAGGAAAUACAAAAUUUCGCCUGCAUCAUCACAAACAUCUGCUAAAGUUCUAUCAAGUUUCACAGUGUGUACAUGACUGUGUUAGUGAACAACACGGUAAUACAGUAUCUGUUAUCAGUCCAUCAAGGUUGAAAAUCACCAUUUGCCUCCGCCCGCUCUGCUUGUUUUUUUUACUUCAAAAACAAGAAAGUACAGUCGACUCUUUUUAUAAUUCAGCAUGUGCAAAUGCACUCACCAUCUCAUCCAUCGUUCAAAAUUGUCAUCAUUUCUCAUCCUCAGAUUUGGUCAGAUCGAGUUCUUCAAUGGCUUCCAAUGAGAAGUUCCUACUACCUCCAGUUCGACCUUCAGACGCCAAUAAAAAGUGCCUUAUCAUCGACCUCGAUGAGACGCUGGUCCAUUCCUCUUUCAAGCCGGUAAAAAAUCCGGACUUUGUGAUUCCGGUGGAGAUCGACGGUAUUGUGCAUCAGGUGUAUGUAUUGAAACGGCCAUAUGUGGACGAAUUCCUCGCUAGAAUCGGGGAUCGCUAUGAAUGUGUACUAUUUACAGCUAGUCUGGCCAAGUACGCCGAUCCAGUCGCCGACUUGCUCGACAAGCGUGGUGUGUUCCGAUCUCGAUUGUUUAGGGAGGCUUGUGUGUACCACAAAGGAAAUUAUGUGAAGGACCUUGCUAGACUUGGCAGAGACCUUAGCAAAGUCUUAAUUAUCGAUAAUUCACCAGCUAGCUACGCGUUUCAUCCAGAGAAUGCGAUCCCCGUUCCAACGUGGUGGGACGAUCCGUCCGACGUCGAGCUGUUGGACAUCCUGCCACUUCUGGAACGGCUCGAGAAGGCUGAGUCAAUCUAUGAAGUGCUCAAGCACGACGACACACUGUCGGAACCGCUGCUGGAGCGAACGCAAUGACGUCCGCUGAGUGCCGCCUGAUAUCUGCCUCCUCCUUCUGUGAUCUAUCGCUCUCGUCCAGUCUUCCUCCGUUGAACCCGGUUGGUACGGUUCGUACCGCUCUCACUCACCUCCCGUCCUCGCAGAGCGAUCGCCUUAUCCGUUGCCUUUGCGAGCCGCUUCCGAAGGCGCCGCGACGCGACGACGCCGGCAGCCAGCGGUCGGCGUCGCGCUGUCGCCCGAUUCUGCGGCGAGCGCACCUAUUCGCAUUCGAUGCGUUAUACGUGUUGUAUAUAGCCCAGAUGCGUGCAGAGUUUGCUAUAUAUAUGAUGUAUGUAUAUGUUUAUCAUAGCUAUCGAUUAGUUCUGUUUGAUUCUGGCUGUGAUGCCGCUCUUGUUAUUCAAAGUACACCAGUUAGAGUGCCUUGAGAGAAGAUUCAAGUAAUCAAAUCUAUAUAUCACGUUAACACAUUGGCACCCGUCCUCGUAGAACUCAUUGCCUCUUCUACCGUCAAUAUUAAUCACGUUAUCGUCUUAGAGUUGCUCGACGCAGCCUCUCCCCCCCCCCCACAACUCAUGCAUAUUGUUGUAGUUUGUUCGAUUCCCGAUGAAACUAAAGAGUCAUAUGACAAGGUGUGCGUAUACCGGUGUCAAUAGUACGUACUUGUUGUUUGAUUGUGAAUGAAUGAUUAUGGAAC